AUGAGUGUUCGAAGAAAACGAGCCGCCGAUUCCGAACAGCCAGCGGCCGAAACUUCGACGCCGGUGACGGUGAAACGGAAAAAAAGCGGAAGAAUGGCGUUCGCGGAUCGCGAAAAACGCGACAUUGAGGUUGGAAAAGGCGAUUAUGUUAUGCGGAAAUUGAGGAACACCAAAAACGCGCAAAAACAGUCAAUUAUUGAGAAUUUCCUACGAUUACCGUCAAGAAGGCACGAUCCCGAAUUCUACGAGAAGGUCACAAAUCCAAUCGAUUUCGCUCGAAUUUUCCAAAAACUCAAAACUCCCGAAUAUAUGACGUUUGACGAGUUCGAAGCCGAUUUGGAGUUGCUCAUCGCCAAUUCGCUCGGCUAUUAUAAGGAGGAUAGCGAAGAAUACCAGGACGCUUCUCGAAUCAAGGAGGUUUUCGAGGAAGCCAAGAUCAAAGUGGCUUCUGGGGAAUACAAAGACGAUUCAUUGGAGGAGGCGAGGGAGCCGGAGGAGCCCGAGGAAGAGGGGAAUGUCAAAGAGGAAGAGACGAGCGAACGUGACUCAUCUCCGUUCGAAAUUGACCUUCUCAUGAUCCAUGACCUUAUCGGCAGCAUUCUUGAGCACACAGACACCAAUGGCCGCCUCCUAUGUCCCCCUUUCAGGGUCCUUCAAACCAAAGAGGAAUUUCCCGCCUAUUAUGAUAAAAUCAAAAAUCCCAUCGAUUUGAAAACGAUUGCGCAGAAGGGUCGCGAUAACAAAUAUGAGACAAUGAACCAGAUUCUUGAUGAUAUCUUUUUGCUCUUCAAUAAUGCUCAGGAAUUCAGUGGCAAGGAUUCGGAUAUCUACCGAGACGCCGCACUUCUGAAGCAGUUCGCCAAGGAGAAGGCGAGGAAGCUCGAGGAGAAGGGCUCGGUUCAUCCGCAGCGACGCGCCAAAACCAAACGGCUCGUCGACGCGCUCCUUGAACAAUCCGCUUCAUCCUCAGGCGAUCAUUAUUCCGAGGAUUCUGAAGAGGACGAGGACACUGAGACGAACGACGAUCCCGUCUGGCGUCUGUAUUGGACGAUUCGGAACGCGAAGCAUGAGAAGGAUCGAUCAAUCUCGCUGGCUGAUCAUUUUCUCGAGCUUCCCAGUCAAACUUGCUAUCCGGACUACUACGAUGAGAUCAAACAGCCUGUCUCGUUGUUCAUGAUCAAUAAGCGUCUCAAGAAUGGUGGAUACGAUUUGGAAUCGCUUCUCAAGGAUGUCAUGCUGAUGUGCUCAAAUGCUUGCGAAUACAAUCUCGAAGGCUCUGAGGUGUACGUGGCCGCGAGAAAACUCGGCCAGCUCGCGUUAGACACUGUUAAGAAUCUUCGGCCAGAUAUGGAUCUUUCGGAAUAUUUGCCAAAAACGAUUCAAUCGAGCCCACUGAAAGCGAAAAGCGCAAUGACGCGAAAAAUUAAAAUCGAAAUGAUGGAUACGGAUUCGGAGAGUAAUCAGACGCCGCCGCCGAUGUCGUCGUCGGCGACGAGAAGAAAAUCGCCGAAAAAAGCGAAUGGAGUGAUGUCGACGCAUCGCGGACGAAAAUCGCAGGCCGAAAUGAAUGAUAUAAUGAGGAAUAAGCAUCUAAUGCUCAAUAUUUGGCAUUCUGUAUAUAAUUUGAAGAUGGGUCCAGACGAGAGCUACUGGCCGGCUGGCGCAUUUCUCGAUUUGCCAUCAGGCAAAGAUUAUCCUGAAUAUUACGAGGUUAUUAAAAAGCCGGUAGACAUGAAGAUGAUCCGAGAACGAAUCGAAUCCAAUCAGUAUCGAAAUGUGUCGGAAAUGGUCGACGAUAUGCGUCUGAUGUUCGAGAAUGCUCGCGAAUUCAACGAGCCCAAAUCGAACAUUUACGAGGACUCGAAAAUGCUUGAGAACGUCCUUUUACGGAGCUAUGAAGCGAGUCGAGCGGCACCGAUUGGCGCAAGCGUCAGUACGCCUCAAUUUAAGAUUCGAUUGAAUGCACGCCCGAGCGAUAAAAAGUCGGCGAAGCGACGAGUUAAACAUGAAGAAUUGUCAGAUGACGAGGAAUAUACGACACGCCAUCGCUCGCCGGUCAAAUCGCAGCGUCGUUCCGCGAAUCCGCACCAAAUUGGCGCCAUAGAUAUGCUCGCCAAAUUGCCCGAAGAAGAGCAGAAAAUGUGGCGCUUGUUCUCGACAAUCAAAGAUCUUCGCGACGAGACGGGCCGUUUGAUAGCGAGCCAAUUUUGGAAGUUGCCGUCGCGCGACGAGCUGCCGAGCUAUUAUGAGAUCAUCAAGAAGCCGAUGGAUUUGGAGAGGAUUCAGCAACGAUUGACCACCAAAUCAUAUCUCACAUUGAUGGACAUCGUCGCCGAUUUGACGUUGAUGAUUUCGAACGCUUGCCGAUUCAACGAGACUGAGUCCACGCUGUUCAAGGACGCCGUCACUAUUCAAAAAGUGCUGCUUGAGCUGAAACGCGAUUUGGAUUGGGACGAACGCGUGCCGAGAGUCCAACUUGAGAUUCGGACCAUCUUCACGUCGAUUUUCGCCAACAUUUUUGGGAAAAAAGAUGAGAACGGCGUGUGUUAUGCGGACGCAUUUGUCGAAUUGCCGGAUAUUCUCAAGUCGAAAGGUGUUCCGGCCGACGAAUGGCCAUUCACGUUCGAUCAGAUCAAAAUGAACAUUGAUAAAUGUCGUUAUCGACGAUUGGAUCGAUUCCAGAAGGAUUUUUUUGAUCUUUUUGAGAAGGCGAGAGAAUUGACGAAAUUUGGAUCGCCGAUGUACACGGCGUCAAUCAUUCUCCAAAAGCAAUUUGUGAUCGAAAGAGACGCGAAAUGCAAAGAUCGGAUUGUGUCGAACGCUUAUAGUGUGCUCGAGAAGGACAUCGAUGAGGAGAUCGAAAAAACGGCGGCGCGUCGCGCUCAAGAGGAAGAGAAAGAGGAAGAGGAGGAAGCGGCGUGUUUGGGAGCCGUGAAGCGUCACGAAUCCGAAAUUGACAUGGAGAAUCUCGAGGUUGACGGUGUCAAAUAUGAUGCGCCCUGUUUCGCCUAUAUCUCGAGAACCGAUGAGAAGAAAUUGCCGAAUCACAUUUUUCGAGUUGAGAGGAUAUUCAAGAAUGAGAAUGGCGAUCAGGCGAUUCAAGGAUUCUGGGUGUAUCGUCCCAACGAGACGCUUCAUCUGGCGAGUCGGCGAUUCUAUGAGAAGGAGGUGUUCAUCACACCGUUCCGCGAUACCGUAUUGGCGGAUCGUUUGCGCGGAAAAUGCGUUGUUGUCUCGCAUAGCACAUUCACCACGAAACUCAUUAAUGGUUAUGAAAAGGAGGACAUCUACUUGUGCGAAUUCAAAUAUCACGGCAAACCGAAAUAUUUUGCGAAACUCAAAGCGUGGCCGUAUUCGGCGGAAGACGCGCAACUCGAUUGCACGAAACGCGCGAAACAUUUGUCGCCGAAACGCAAUAAUCGGGCGACGACGUUGGCGAAUCGCGAGGAGAGGACGCCGGAGGACGAGUCGGAAGACGAGGACGACAACGAUCGCGCCAAAUCGCAGCUCGUGCUCGACAUUGAUCGCUAUGAGACGCCGGCGCCGUCGCACUCGAACGAUGAGCCGUCGCGCACGUAUUUCCAUCAAAUCAAAUCGGCCACCGGCAAAUUCUAUUCGCUGGGCCAAUUCGUUUUGGUGUUCAAUCCGAAGAAGCCGCUUUGCGAUGUGAUGAGAAUCAAUAAGCUUUGGAGAGAGGAUGAUGGUUCCGAAUGGUUCUCCGGCGGCUGGUUUGCGCGACCCAUCGAAGUUCUGCAUGAUCGCGGCCGAAUGUUCUAUCCGAAAGAGGUGAUCGCGGUGUUUCGCGACGACGAAACGCGACCGCUCAGCGACAUUCAGCAUCGAUGUGCGGUGAUGUCGCCGAAAAAUUAUGUGAAAGAACGCCCAACGGAUAUUGCCGAAUGCGAUGUGUUCGUUUGCGAAUCGCAAGUCAAUGGGACGACGGCGGCGCCGCAGAAUUGCUCGCUUUUCGCAUUUGAAACGUCGGAUGAUAUGAACGGUGUGCCGAUGAAUCUCGAUUAUGCGAAAAACGCGAGAAAAUUGAAGAAUUAUCGAUUGCAUUUGUCGAUACCAAAUGAGGAAUUGUUUUUGUUCCAAAAGCCGAUCGUAAUGGAAAAAGAAAUGUCGCCGCUGGUGAAGAAUGAUGGCGCGAUGCCGCUUGAUCAGCUCGAUGAGCUCAUGGAUGAUGAUACGGAUGGCAGCGAGUCGGUGGCGAGCUCGAACGUCAAUCAGCCGCCGACGACGGCGGCGACGCCCAAGCCGGAAUCUGGAAGUGUGCCGUCAACACCACAACCGCCGGCCACACCAACACCUCUGCCGUUGUCGACGCUGACGGUUCAGGCGGCGCUCGGAACGCCGAAAGUCGGCAAAAGCAAAUCGGGCUACAUUCUGUUUUCGGCGGAGGUUCGCAAACGCAUAAUGCACGAGAAUCCCGAGGCGGGUUUCGGCGAGGUUUCGAAAAUCGUCGGAAUUGAGUGGAAAAAGUUGUCGGAUGAGCAGAAGAAGCAGUAUGAGGUUCGCGCCGAGCAGGUCGCCAUUGAGAAGGCCAAACAGGACGCGAUCAAGACGGCGCAGGAGCGCGCGCUAUUGCCGGGACAAAUUCGAAUCUAUCAGUGCAAAUGGUCGAAUUGCGAUUCGCAGUUUGACGUUGAAUCGGCGCUCAACGAGCAUAUCACACUUCAUCAUACCAGCCAUAUCAUUUUGGGCAGCGAUCAACAAUUCGUGUGCAUGUGGGUGACGUGUUUGCGGAAUCGCAAAGACGGCAAACCGUUUCCGUCGCUUCCGCGCCUUCAGCGUCACAUCAAAGAGAAGCACAUUCCGACGGCGUUGCGAAACGUCUACCAGAAUCAGAUUGGCCGCAACUUCUUCAAGCACGUCACCGUCAAGAAUGACGUCGGCGAGUUGACGAUGCAAUUGGUGAACGUGCCGUAUGGAAGGGAGCCGAUUCAGAACGCUCCACCUCAACCGCAACCGCAGCAGGUUAUCAUAGCGGAUCCGGGGCGGACGAUUGUGCGCACGGUGGUGCCGACGUUCGUGGCGGCGCCGAACUCGAUUCAGUCGAGACGCUGCCUGCAUUCGGAAGCCUACCUCAAAUAUAUCGAGUCGAUGUCGACGAAUCGCCAGAAGUCGGUGAGCCGUUGGCAGAAGAAUUUGGCGGCGAAUCAUCGCAACACGCCGAUCAAUCCGAAUAUGGUCAAGGGACCAUCAUCGUGGAUUAGAAAUGCGCAUCCGAACGGGCGGCAGAUUCGCGAAGAAGACGUGACAAAGGCGUUAUGGAAAUUACGUGAUGAGCUACUCAAAAGCACGUUUAACUCCGAAGACCCACAAAAAGAUGCGAACUUCAAAGAAUUCGUCGAUACAUGGACAGAUUAUCGUAACAAGGAAGAAACAAUUGAGUCGACCAGAACUUACAGUCGUAAAAUCAAACAGCUUCUUGGACUUCAAUCCCCCACACAACCUCCAACUAAACAAGCGUAG